AUGAGAGGCUUGGGGGCAGUGGUGCGGGUGUUACGGCGUUCUGAGGCGCUGGCGCGGCACGGUGGGGCUGCAACAGCUACCCUGCAGAUGCAACCGUAUCGGUUUUACAGCUACCGACCGAUGGAUGCGCUGUACGAGGGUCAGGACUACGCUCGCCAGGUGGAAAAGAAGUUUAGCGAGCUGUCGGGCAAGACCCCGUGGGAGCCUGACAUUAAGUAUUUGGAAGGUAUCAAGAGUCGCUGGCAGGGACCCGAGCCUACAUUGAAUGAGUUAGUGCGCGAGGAUGUACCCACAGCUCGCAAUCUCUUCCGCAACGUGCUACAGCGUUGCUAUCCGAAGGAUAUGGGAAUGUGGAACAAGUGGGGCGUCAUGGAAUGGAAGGCUGGUAACUACGGGCUGGCGCGCAUGAUCUUCUCCAAGGCGUCUCGGAUCUCGUUCGACGCUGAGCUGUGGACAUCAUGGGGAUCGAUGGAGUUGGAAGCAAAGAACAUGCAGGAAGCCAAGCGUAUUUUCAAGGUUAUUUUAGCCACGGAUCCGCACAACCCGAUGGCGGGACUGGGGAUGGCUUUGUGGGAGGUUCAGGCUGGACAUCCGGACGAAGCUCGCGAAAGAUUCCAAGAACUGCUGGAAGAACAUCCCAGGGAUGUAUUGAUAAUGCAGGCCUACGGUGUCUUUGAAGCUAAGUGCCAGCAUGUCGGAUUGGCGCGUAGUAUCUUUCAGAACGCAGUCUCACACCCUAGAGCGACAGGUCAAGUCUGGCACGCUUGGGCCAAAGCAGAGUAUGAUGCUGGAUUGUACAAGAACGCGCUGGCAGUCAUCUCAACUGCCUUUGAGCGUUUCCCGACGCACAAGUGGCUCAUUCUUCUCGGUGCUAUGGCUCAUUUCAAGCUUGGUGACGUUUAUGAGGCACGCCGGGCGUACCGUCGACUCAUUGAUGGUGGGCUGUACGUGGAGCCAUCAGCAUACAACUCGUAUGCAAAAAUGGAGGAGGAACUAGGCAAUGAGGAUGCAGCAGUGGGGUUGUAUGUAGAAGCGUUGGAGCGACACCCCGAUCACAUUCCCAGUAUGAUGUCACUUGCCGUUUUGUACAAAAGACGCGGACGUAUGCGAAAUGCACGCAAAAUCUUCGAGAAAGCACUAGAGAAUCUGCAGCAUACUGGCCCAGUACUGCACGCUUUUGGAGAUUUCGAGGAGCAACAUGGAGAACUGGACAAUGCACGGGAACUUUACGACGAGGCCACCAAGGUGCAGUCCACAGCAGUCGAGUCCUGGCGUGCCCUGGCACGUGUCGAAGCUAGAUUGAAGAAUUAUGAGGCGGCACGGUCGGCGCUGACCAUGGCCAGCCAACAUGUUCCUAACGACGCACCGUUGCUCAUUGAACUUGCUAAGAUCGAACAGCGGAAUCGUCGGUUCCCGGCAGCUCGCACGGCAUUGGAGAAGGCUCUAAAGGUUGAUCCGUCUGAUGCCGCUGUGUGGAAUAUGCGUGCUUUGUUGGAGUUGCCGCUGGACGCAGCACGGGCUAAGACUAUAGUUGAGAAUGCGCUGUCCGUGGUUCCGGAAUACGAGAAAACGAGCUGGAGCAUUCUCAUGUGCACCUACGGCCGUACCUUUGCAGCUUUGGGUGAUUUCCAACAGGCUGUUGCAGCCUUUCAACGCUCAUUUAAGCUGCGUCCGAAGAACUGGGAGACGCAUUUGAUCUAUGCUGAUAGUGUCCUGACGCCUAACGAGGCCUGGAGUGAAGCCGUGAAACAUCUCACAGCUGCGCGCAAGUUACUCCCGCGAAAUGAUAGACGUCGCGGUAAUGUGGAGCGAAAACUUCGCGCUGCUGAGGCCAUGGCGAAAGCAGAGCAGUACAAACACGAACAAGACGAAGAUCAUGAGGAAGAUGGCUCGUAA